AUGAAUUACAUUGCAUUGGAUAAAAAAUCUGAACAUCUUUACUUGUCUGCUGGCGCUUUAAUUACUGCCUUUAUGUUGCUUAAAUCAACAUCUCGCUUAUUGUCUAAUAAUUCAAAAGAACAAAUUCCUAGAGUUCCAUACAAGCUACCAUUCGUUGGCUCCACGAUUGACUAUUACAAGAAUACGCUUGAAUUCACCAAGAAGUGGUCUAAAAAGUAUGGGUCUGCUUUUAAGAUGCAUCUUCAUGGUCAAUGGGUUACUGUUGUCGGUGCAGACGAUGCUCCAGAAGUCUUCACACAUCCAAGCCUAAGUUUUCUUGCUGGGCAAGCAGAGUUUCUGGGCCAAACUACAGCCCAUGCAAAUUCUAGAUAUGUCUUGACCCCGGAUAUAGUAAAACAAUCCAUUGUGAAGCAUCUGACACCACAUCUAGACAACUACUGUCCACAAGGCUUUGAAAUGAUCAUAAAGCAUGCUAAGCACGUACUGAAUGAACCGGAAGUUGUCGUGCCUGAUCUACUUCCCCUCUUGAGAAGUUUUGUAGCUCGCUAUAGCGCAUCUGCAUUUGUAGGUAAAGAGCUGUGUGCAGACGAGAAUCUGAUGAAUGCAUUUGAGAAUUCGGUAUCAGAGAUUGGUAAAGAAAUGACGCCUGGCUUAUUCCGUGUGCUGUUUCCAUCCUUCAACAAAUUAUACUUGAAGUUCCUGUAUCCAAAGACAGCAGCUAUAGAUAAACACAGAAUGCUUAUCAAAAACGCAUUAGCAGCAGACAUUGAAAGAAGAAGAGCAUCACCAGAACAAAAGGAACCAAGUGGUAUCCUUGGCUACAUACUUGAAACACAUCCUCAAGAAGAAAUAGAUGCUGCAUAUCUCGAGUCUUUGACAACUAUCAUCCUCAUCUUUAUCUUUGUUGGCGUUCAUACCACUUCAAUGGCUGCAGCAACCGUGAUGUACCAGCUUGUAGCGCAUCCUGAAUAUAUCCCAGAGUUACUUGAAGAGCAAAAGCAGGUUUCAGAGACCGGCGAUCCAAUAGAUUUUGUGCCAAGUGCUUAUCGACAGAUGCCAAAGCUCGACAGCUUUAUUCGUGAGUCUAUGCGUACUCGUGCUACGGGUAUUAUAUUGCCUCAUAAAAAUGUUACAGAUAAGGAUGUUGUCCUUCGAUCAGGGGCGAUUGUUAGACCAGGAGAGGAUGUUUAUAUCAAUAUAUGGCAUGUUCACUUUGAUGAAGCAAACCAAGGUCACAUGGAUAAUGUCGAUCAGUUCUUGGGAUUCAGAUUCGUUGGCCAGGAUAAGCAAACAACAAAGACAGGACAUGAUUUUGUCUCUUUUGGUCUUGGAAAGCGUGCUUGUCCAGGAAGAUGGUUUGCAACCCAGCAGAUAAAGGGCAUUGUUUCUUACUUUAUUAGACAUUAUGAAAUGCGUCCAGCAGGCGAUAUUCUGAUUGCUGGUGAAAAUGGUUAUUCUAAACCACCAACAGGUCCUGUUCAGUUUAUUAAAAAGGAAACAAAAUAA